CACGGUUCCCUGAGAGCAGCCGGCGUCGGAACGGUUGGACUGACGGACCGAGCGGCCAGCGGAGAGGGCGCGGGGCCGAGACCGUGGACGUCGUGCAACCUAGCCGAGAGCUCUGCCCCUGAUCCAGGGACCAAAAUGACCGACUCCAAGUAUUUUACCACCACCAAGAAAGGGGAGAUCUUUGAGCUAAAGGCAGAGCUCAAUAGCGACAAGAAGGAAAAGAAGAAGGAGGCUGUGAAGAAAGUGAUUGCGUCCAUGACCGUGGGCAAAGAUGUCAGUGCCCUCUUCCCUGAUGUAGUGAACUGUAUGCAGACCGAUAACCUGGAAUUGAAGAAGCUGGUGUACUUGUACCUGAUGAACUACGCCAAGAGCCAGCCAGACAUGGCCAUCAUGGCGGUCAACACCUUCGUUAAGGACUGUGAGGAUCCCAAUCCCCUGAUCCGGGCCCUGGCUGUGCGGACCAUGGGCUGCAUUCGAGUGGAUAAGAUCACAGAAUACCUGUGUGAGCCCCUCCGCAAGUGCCUGAAGGAUGAGGACCCUUAUGUGCGCAAGACGGCUGCCGUGUGUGUGGCCAAGCUGCAUGACAUCAAUGCCCAGCUGGUGGAGGACCAGGGCUUCCUAGAUACCCUCAAGGACCUCAUUUCAGACUCCAACCCCAUGGUGGUGGCCAAUGCUGUGGCUGCCCUCUCAGAGAUAGCAGAGUCUCACCCGAGCAGCAACCUCUUGGACCUGAACCCACAGUCAAUCAACAAGCUGCUGACAGCCUUGAAUGAGUGCACAGAGUGGGGGCAGAUCUUUAUCUUGGACUGCCUGGCGAACUACAUGCCCAAGGAUGACCGGGAAGCGCAGAGCAUCUGUGAGCGUGUGACCCCUCGGCUCUCUCAUGCCAACUCUGCUGUGGUGCUGUCAGCGGUGAAGGUGCUGAUGAAGUUCAUGGAGAUGCUCUCCAAGGAUCUCGACUACUACGGCACUCUCCUGAAGAAGUUGGCACCGCCUCUGGUCACCCUGCUGUCGGCCGAGCCAGAGCUGCAGUACGUGGCCCUGCGGAACAUCAACCUCAUUGUGCAGAAAAGGCCGGAGAUCCUGAAGCAUGAGAUGAAGGUCUUUUUUGUCAAGUACAACGAUCCCAUCUAUGUGAAGCUAGAAAAACUGGACAUCAUGAUCCGCCUGGCCUCCCAAGCCAACAUUGCCCAGGUGCUGGCAGAAUUGAAGGAAUACGCCACAGAAGUGGAUGUGGACUUUGUACGCAAGGCUGUCCGUGCCAUUGGCCGCUGUGCCAUCAAGGUGGAGCAAUCUGCUGAACGCUGUGUGAGCACACUGCUAGACCUGAUCCAGACCAAGGUCAACUAUGUGGUGCAGGAGGCCAUUGUGGUGAUCAAGGACAUCUUCCGCAAGUACCCCAACAAGUAUGAGAGCGUGAUCGCCACCCUGUGCGAGAACCUGGACUCCUUGGAUGAGCCGGAGGCACGCGCAGCCAUGAUCUGGAUUGUGGGGGAGUACGCUGAGAGGAUCGACAAUGCCGAUGAGCUCCUGGAAAGUUUCCUGGAGGGCUUCCAUGAUGAAAGCACCCAGGUCCAGCUCCAGCUGCUGACAGCUAUUGUGAAGCUCUUCCUGAAGAAGCCAACAGAGACCCAGGAGCUGGUACAGCAGGUCCUCAGCCUGGCCACUCAGGACUCUGAUAACCCUGAUCUUCGGGACCGAGGCUACAUCUAUUGGCGCCUGCUCUCUACAGACCCCGUGGCAGCCAAGGAAGUGGUCCUGGCCGAGAAGCCGCUCAUCUCAGAGGAGACUGACCUCAUUGAGCCCACCCUUCUUGAUGAGCUCAUCUGCUACAUCGGCACGCUGGCCUCCGUCUACCACAAGCCCCCUAGUGCUUUUGUGGAGGGCAGUCGGGGGGUGGUGCAUAAAAGCCUGCCCCCACGCACGGGCUCGAGUGAGAGUGCUGAGAGCCCUGAGGCCGCCCCUACAGGGGCACCCCCCAGUGAGCAGCCAGCCGUCAUCCCUGCCCAGGGUGACCUCCUUGGUGACCUGCUUAACCUGGACCUGGGCCCCCCUGUGAGCGGGCCCCCUCUGACCACAGCCUCAGUCCAGAUGGGAGCCGUGGACCUACUUGGCGGAGGUCUGGACAGCCUGAUGGGGGACGAGUCUGAAGGGCCUAGAGGCGAUGUGAGUGGAAGCCCUGCAAUGGGAGGCACCAAUUUUGCUGCACCUCCCGCAGGGACGAUGCCCGCCACCCUGAGUGCGCCCAUCGGCGGUGGCUUGGGGGACCUCUUUGACUUGACCAGCGGAGUGGGAGGCCUGUCAGGCUCCUAUGUGGCUCCGAAAGCAGUCUGGCUCCCUGCCAUGAAAGCCAAAGGCCUGGAGAUCUCGGGCACCUUCACCCGCCAGGUGGGCUCCAUCUCCAUGGACCUCCUGCUCACCAACAAGGCCCUGCAGGUCAUGUCCGAUUUUGCCAUCCAGUUCAACCGCAACAGCUUCGGCCUGGCCCCCGCGGCCCCCCUCCAGGUCCACGCCCCCCUGAGUCCCAACCAGACGGUGGAGAUCUCCCUCCCCCUCAACACUGUGGGCUCCGUCAUGAAGAUGGACCCCCUGAACAACCUGCAGGUGGCUGUGAAGAACAACAUUGAUGUCUUCUACUUCAGCACUUUGUACCCGUUACACAUCCUCUUUGUGGAGGACGGCAAGAUGGAGCGGCAGAUGUUCCUGGCCACGUGGAAGGACAUCCCCAAUGAGAACGAGGCCCAGUUCCAGAUCAAAGACUGCCCGCUCAAUGCAGAGGCUGUGAGCAGCAAACUGCAGGGCAGCAACAUCUUCACCAUCGCCAAGAGGAACGUGGAGGGCCAAGACAUGCUGUACCAGUCCCUGAAGCUCACCAACGGCAUCUGGGUGCUGGCCGAGCUUCGGAUCCAGCCUGGCAACCCCAACUUCACGCUGUCCCUGAAGUGCCGAGCCCCCGAGGUGUCUCAGCACGUCUACCAGGCCUACGAGACCAUCCUCAAGAACUGAUGGCCCCCCGCCCCCUCCUCCCCAGGCCAAGGGACUCCCGGGAGAGGCGCCAGCAGAGAAGGCUUCCCGUUGGACAUCGAGCUGCAGGGCCCCGUGACGCCCACUUCUGCCGGGCCCGGGGAAGGGACGAGGGGCCUGUGCGGGGGGAAUGGCGACGCCGGUUGGUGCCGGGGCUUCCCUGGGGACCGUCCUUCCGACACCCCCCCGGUGAAAGAAAUUGGGGGCCGUGUUGGGGGGCCCCGUCUCCCCUCUCUCCUCCUAGGCCAGAGCACAUCACUGUUCUCCCACAUUCAGGCCCCAAACAGACCCUGGGAAGACCUUUGUCUCUUGGGCUUUUUCCUGAAUUUCUCUGUCAAAGAACCUGCGUCGGGCGUCCCCCUCCUCAGCCGGAGCGCUAUUCUGUCCUUAGGAGGCGCGGGGAGGUGGGGCUAGCAGGGACCCCCUCUCUCAGGCAAGAUGGCGGCCCCACACCGUUUUCUCCUUCCCCCAUGUUUGCUUUGGCUGAAACCUCCCACAGUCCAUCUGCCUGGGCCUCGCUCGGAGCCGGGCCUUUGGGCUGCCGCUCAUCCCGUCCUCCCUCCCUCGGCUUCUUCAGGUCCCCUCCCGGGUGCUCCGGGGAUCCUCCCCUCUCACCUCCCCCGGCCAGCCGCUGCCCCGCAGGGCCCCAAGAAAGCUUCAGCGUGUGCAGGGCCGCUCGGCUCCUCACCCACAAGGGCCGCCCGGGCAGGGCUCCUGCCGAGGCCUGGGGCUCGCUGCCACCAUCCCCUGGGUCGGGAGGUUUGGCCGCGGCCUCCUGCCGGACCUCCGAAUGGUUUUGUUUGUUAAUAAAGAAUGAUCGCUUUGGGCAA